AUGUCGCAAACCAAUUGGGAAGCUGACAAAAUGUUGGAUGUCUAUAUUCAUGAUUAUUUAGUGAAGAGAGAUUUGAAGGCCACUGCUCAGGCUUUUCAAGCUGAAGGAAAGGUGGCAUCUGACCCUGUCGCUAUCGAUGCUCCGGGUGGGUUUCUGUUUGAAUGGUGGUCAGUGUUUUGGGAUAUAUUCAUUGCCAGGACUAAUGAGAAGCAUUCUGAAGUUGCUGCCUCGUAUAUUGAGACUCAGUUAAUGAAAGCUAGAGAGCAACAGCAGCACCAACAACAGCCGCCACAGCCCCAGAAUUCACAACAACACCAACAGCAGCAGAUUCAGCUUUUAUUACAAAGGCAAGCCCAACAGCAACAACAACAGCAGCAACACCAACAACACCAACAGCAACAACAACAGAUUCAGCUUUUAUUACAAAGGCAAGCUCAACAGCAACAGCCACAACAGCAGCAACAACAACAACAGGAACAGCAGCAACAACAACAACAACAACAACAACAGCAGGCUCAUCAGCAGCAGCAAGGGCAACAACAAAGACGCGAGGGGGGUUCCCACCCCCUUAAUGGAUCAGCCAAUGGAAAUGUCGGAAAUGACCCUCUGAUGAGACAAAAUACCGGUGGGACUGCGAAUGCAAUUGCGACAAAGAUGUAUGAAGAGAAUUUGAAGAGGGAUUCUAUGGAGGAUGCUGCUUUGAAGCAAAGGUUUGGUGAUAAUGUGGGCCAGCUUUUGGAUCCAAAUCAUGCAUCGAUCUUGAAAUCAGCUGCAGCCUCUGGCCAGCCAACUGGGCAAAUGUUGCAUGGUUCUGCUGGUGGAAUGUCUCCACAAGUUCAAGCACGAAGCCAGCAAUUUCCAGGGUCUACAGCAGAUAUCAAAACUGAAAUUAAUCCCAUCCUGAAUCCAAGAGCUGCGGGCCCUGAAGGAUCACUGAUUGGAAUCCCUGGGUCGAAUCAAGGAAAUAACAAUUUGACGCUCAAAGGCUGGCCUUUAACUGGUCUCGACCAGCUUCGAUCUGGGUUACUCCAACAGCCAAAGUCAUUCAUGCAAGGACCUCAGUCCUAUCAUCAGUUACAGAUGCUGACACCUCAGCACCAGCAGCAGCUGAUGCUCGCCCAGCAGAGUCUUUCUCCAUCUGCGAGUGAUGCCGAGAGCCGAAGGUUGAAAAUGCUUCUUAAUAACCGAAGCUUCUCUAUGGGUAAAGAUGGACUCUCUAAUUCGGUUGGUGAUGUGAUUCCUAAUAUGGGGUCUCCCUUGCAAGCUGGUGGGCCGGUUUUGCCUCGUGCGGAUACCGAAAUGCUAAUGAAGUUGAAAUUUGCGCAAAUGCAGCAUCAGCAGCAACAACAGCAGCAGAACAGUAAUCAAUCCCACCAGCAACAACUUCAGCAACAUGCACUCUCUGGUCAACAGCCUCAGAGUUCGAAUCACAAUCUACAGCAAGAUAAGAUUAUGGGUAGUGGCAGUAUCACUGGUGAUGGUAGCAUGUCCAAUUCCUUCCGAGGAAAUGAUCAGGCUUCAAAAAGCCAGGUUGGGAGAAAGAGAAAGCAACCUGUAUCUUCUUCAGGCCCCGCUAACAGCUCCGGGACAGCAAAUACAGCCGGGCCCUCUCCAAGUUCGGCCCCAUCAACACCCUCAACUCAUACACCGGGAGAUGUGAUGUCGAUGCCUGCCUUGCCACACAGUAGCAGCUCCUCAAAGCCUCUGAUGAUGUUUGGGUCUGAUAACACUGGCACUCUCACUUCACCAUCAAAUCACUUGUGGGAUGAUAAGGACAUCGGGCAAGCUGACAUGGAUCGUUUUGUGGAUGAUGUUGAGGACAAUGUGGAGUCCUUUCUAUCCCAUGAUGAUGCUGAUCCCCGAGAUGCGGUUGGCCGCUGUAUGGAUGUUAGCAAAGGGUUUACAUUCACGGAAGUGAAUUCUGUUCGCGCUAGUGGAAGUAAAGUUGCAUGCUGCCACUUCUCAUCAGAUGGAAAACUGCUCGCCAGUGGUGGACAUGACAAAAAGGCUGUUCUAUGGUACACUGAUUCUCUGAAGCCAAAAACUACACUUGAGGAACACUCUUCACUCAUUACUGAUGUCCGUUUUAGUCCUAGCAUGGCCCGCCUUGCCACAUCGUCUUUUGAUAAAACUGUCAGAGUCUGGGAUGCAGAUACUCCUGGCUACUCACUUCGUACGUUUACUGGACACUCUGCUGGUGUGAUGUCAUUGGAUUUUCAUCCCAAUAAAGAUGACCUCAUCUGCUCGUGUGAUGGGGAUGGUGAGAUAAGAUACUGGAGUAUUACUAAAGGAAACUUCACCAGAGUUUUCAAGGGUGGCACGACCCAGGUUAGAUUUCAACCUCGUCUUGGAAGGUACCUUGCGGCCGCUGCUGAGAAUGUCGUGUCAAUACUUGAUGCAGAGACAACCACUUGUCGCCAUUCAUUAAAGGGCCACACAAAAACAAUUCAUUCUAUUUGCUGGGACUCGUCUGGUGAGCUGGUUGCAUCUGUUAGUGAGGACUCGGUUAGGGUUUGGACAAUGAGGUCUGGAAGUGAAGGCGAAUGCUUGCAUGAGCUGAGUUGUAAUGGAAACAAGUUCCAUUCCUGUGUUUUCCACCCUACAUAUUCAUCCUUGCUUGUUAUCGGUUGUUAUCAGUCUUUGGAGCUUUGGAACAUGAGCGAGAACAAGACAAUGACCCUAUCGGCUCAUGAAGGCUUAAUUGCAUCAUUGGCUAUGUCGUCGGUUGCUGGCUUGGUUGCGUCUGCGAGUCACGACAAAAUCGUCAAACUUUGGAAGUGA